AAGGUUAUCAGCAGAAUCGGUAUAGUAAAGAUACGUCUGGACCUCUUUAUUGGCAAUUAAGAAAGUUUAAAAGAGUUAUGUGCAGAAAGACAAAACUUUCAUAUUGCUCAAAGAUGGUAUAUCUCAAAUUAGCGGGUUUAAAAAUCUCAGAUGAAUUACUCAGUGCAAUUCUACAUUCACAUCCAGAUAUAAACUUUCUCAUCCUUGAUCGAAGUCAUGGUUUUAGUAAUAUACCAAUUAUAGAAAUUGCAAAAUAUUGUCUGAAGCUACUAUAUUUGAGUCUUGAUGUAUGUAUAGCUAUUACUGAUAGAUGCGUUAGUGAAAUAGCACAAUCUUGUUCAAAUUUAAAAUACAUAAUAUAUUUAAAUCUUAAUGAACAACCUUCUAUUAAUGAUGAAUCAAUUUGUGCAAUUGCACGCUCAUGUGUAAAUCUUCAACACCUGGAUUUGUCGUUCAAUAAAAUAAUUACAGAUGAAGCUAUAUGCGUGAUUGCAACUAGCUGUCCAGAUAUGCGAAAUUAUUUUCUCGAAAGCUGUGAACAGAUUACUGACAAAUUAAUCAAAAAAAUUGCAGAUUUAAAUAAAAACCUACAAAAUAUUAGUCUUAUUUCAUGUUAUAAAAUUAUGGAUGAUGCU